GCUAUUAGCGACCAGCAGCUCACUGCUUGGAAUGAACACCAAUGGCUCCGAUGAGUAUUUCCAGUCUACAAACCACGCGGAGCAAACGUUCCGCAAAAUGGAAAAUUAUCUGCAGCAGAAGCAGCUGUGCGAUGUUCUUCUCAUAGUUGGAGACCAAAAGAUCCCAGCUCACAGGUUGGUUCUCAGUGCAGUGUCUGAUUAUUUUGCUGCCAUGUUUACUAAUGAUGUGCGUGAAGCAAAACAAGAGGAGAUCAAGAUGGAGGGAGUAGACCCUGAUGCGCUGAAAGCUUUAGUGCGCUACGCCUACACAGGUAUUCUAGAGUUAAAGGAAGACACUAUAGAAAGUUUGCUAGCUGCAGCUUGUCUUCUCCAGCUAUCCCAAGUCAUUGAGGUAUGCUGCAACUUCCUCAUGAAGCAGCUCCAUCCUUCCAACUGCCUGGGGAUUCGUUCUUUUGGAGAUGCCCAGGGCUGCACGGAGCUCCUGAAGGUGGCACACACGUACACUAUGGAACACUUCACAGAAGUAAUAAAAAAUCAGGAAUUUCUUUUACUCCCUGCUAAUGAAAUUGCCAAGCUCUUGUCUAGUGAUGACAUCAAUGUUCCAGAUGAAGAAGCCAUAUUCCAGGCGUUGAUGAUGUGGGUGAGGCACGAUUUGCAAAACCGGCAACGAGACCUAGGAAUGCUUCUUUCUUAUAUUAGACUGCCUCUACUUCCACCCCAGUUACUAGCAGAUCUAGAAAAUAGUCCAAUGUUUGCAGACGACCUAGAGUGUCAGAAACUUCUUAUGGAGGCUAUGAAGUAUCAUCUUCUACCAGAAAGACGGUCCAUGAUGCAGAGUCCUAGAACUAAGCCUAGAAAAUCUACAGUGGGUGCCCUUUAUGCUGUAGGAGGCAUGGAUGCCACCAAAGGUACCACUACAAUUGAAAAAUACGACCUUAGGACUAACAGUUGGAUACAAAUCGGUACCAUGAAUGGCAGACGACUACAGUUUGGAGUUGCAGUAAUUGACAACAAGCUCUAUAUUGUGGGAGGAAGAGAUGGGCUGAAAACUUCUAACAUUGUUGAAUGUUUCAACCCUGUCACCAAAGUUUGGACUGUAAUGCCUCCUAUGUCAACGCACAGACAUGGCCUAGGAGUAGCAAUGCUUGAAGGACCAAUGUAUGCUGUUGGUGGCCAUGAUGGAUGGAGUUACCUUAAUACUGUAGAAAGAUGGGACCCACAAGCGCGGCAGUGGAAUUACGUUGCUAGCAUGUCAACCCCUAGAAGCACCGUAGGGGUUGCAGCAUUAAAUAGCAA